AUGGGGGUGCCAGAGGCGGUGGCGCUGGAGAUACCGGCGGUGGAGGAGGGGUCGCCGACGCCGCUGGCCAGGGUUCCACCCAGGAUCAGGCGGAGGCUCCUCCGGGCGUGGGGCAGCGGAGAAAACGGCGGCAAGGCGCCGACGACCGAGGAGAUCGAGGCUAAGCUACGCCAGGCGCAUCUCCGGAGGCAGCAAUUCCACGAAGCAUUGUCCUCCAAAGCAAGGCGCUCAAUUAAGAGUCCUUCAGGGUCAUCACAGGAGGAGGACCGAGGGCAGCUUCUUGAGGCAAAGCUUGUGGCUGCCAAGCAGAAGAGGUUGAGCCUCUUGGAAAAGGAACAGAGCCGGUUGGCUAAGCUGGACAAACAGCGACAUGCUGUUAAGAGUGAUGCAGAGCUGAGGUUCGAGAGGGAAAGGGAAGAACUCGGAAUGAAAGUUGAAUCACGGGUUCAGAAGGCCGAGAACAAUCGUAUGCAACUCCUGCAUGCUCGUUUGCAGAGGCGGGCUGCAUUAGAGGAGAGGACAAAAAGAUACUUUAUGCAAAGACUGACUUGGGAAAACAAGUACAGGGAGCGUGUACGAUCUGCAAUACAGAAGUGUAAUGCUGCUGAGAAGAGACGAUUGGGGCUGCUGGAAUCUGAGAAAAAACGGGCACAGGGUAGGCUCUUGCAGGUUCAACUUGCUGCGAAGACUGCCUCUAACCAGAGAGAAACUGAGAGGAGCAAGUUAAAAGAGCAAUUAGAAGAAAAGCUUCAGAAGGCAAAGCAGCAGAGGGCUGAGUAUUUGAAGCAGCGAGGAAAUCCUCACAGUUCUAUGCACAGCAGUUCAGUUAAAAAUGGAGAAUUUCUUUCAAGAAAACUGGCAAAAUGCUGGAGAAGACUCAGAACUUCUAGGAAAACAACAGUGGUAUUGGCUAGGGCCUUUGAUGCACUGGGGAUAAAUCAGCGAUCAGUUGUGUCUAUGCCAUUUGAAGAAUUAGCUCUCUGCAUUGAAUCUCCUGCAGUACUUCAGACCACUAAGGCGUUGCUUGACUGUCUGGAGAGUCGUUUUGCCUUCCCUCAGUCAUCAAGUUCAUCAGAACCAGAAAAUAUUGACCACCUUCUAAAGCAUCUAGGAUCACCGAAGAGGAGGUUCCUACCGAGCAAUGUGGGAAGAAGUAAAGCAACAAUGAAAAAGGCAGUUGGAAAUUAUGACUCCAGUAAGCUGUCUAGAUAUUCGCAAAGGAUUGCACUUUGUGCUUAUAUGAUACUAGGUCAUCCAAAAUCUGUUCUUAGUGGACAAGAUGGUGCAUGCAUAUUGAGUCCGUCAGUUCUAGAUGAUGCCACUCCUGGUUGUUCUAGCUAUGAUGAAUCUUCAUGUAUUGUUGCUGAUCUGAAGAAAUUCAGAACCCAGCUGGUUGCCUUUGACAAAGCUUGGUGUGCUUAUCUUUGCCAUUUUGUGGCAUGGAAAGCAAAAGAUGCUAAAUCAUUAGAGGAUGAUCUCAUUAGGGCUGCAUGCAAGCUUGAGCUGUCAAUGAUCCAAACGUGCAAAACAACUAAUGAAGGCGAAUCUGAUAACCUCGGUGGUGAUUUGAAAGCCAUCCGGAAACAGGUCGCAGAAGACCAGAAACUUUUAAGGGAGAGGAUUCAACACCUGGGCAGUGAAGCUGGAUAUGAAAGUAGCAAAGGAGGCAAGCUGAUGAGUAACGCAGCACCAGAAAAAAUGCCUACUGAAAAUGAGCAAAUAGUCAAUGAGAUACUCCAUGAUAUACAUGGUUCUUUUGCUGACAUCUCUGAUGGUACUGGUACCGUUGAAAGUGAUUUCAAGGUAAAAGUCAAGGAAACAAUGGAGAAAGCUUUCUGGGAUGCGGUUGCGGAUUCAAUGAGAGGAGACAUGCCAGACUACGGUUAUCUGGCUCUAAAAGCAGAAGUCAGUAGAGCACGCAUCCAACUAUUGGAACCAAUGAUUAAGGGACCAGGUGGAGUGGAGUACCUGCAGAAGUCUUUUGCUGAUCGCUAUGGUUCCCCUUGUGAUGCAUUAGCUUCUCUCCCUUCAACUGCCCGGUGGAUUUCCUCCUUGAAAGAUGUUGUGGAAGAACAAUGGAAUGAACAUGUUCAGCCACUUGUUGCCACCCUCCGAACUGGCCAUUCAGUUCCAGGUCAGCUACAAUCUGUGAUACCUGCAGCAGACAAUGCAGGACUACCAGAAUGUAGGGGAGAAAUACUUGGCAAGCUAAUAAGGAUUGGGUUAUUACAGCUCAUCAGCAGCAUGGAGGGUGUACAAAGGGAAUCAGUUCCUGAGACCUUUAUGAUCAAUUGGUUGAGGCUGCGGUCUGUUCAGAGUAGAUUUCAACGAGUGAUUGUGAUAGCGACAAGCAUGCUUGUCUUGCAUCAGGUGUUAGUGAGUGAGAACCCAAAGAUCACUCCUCAUAAGCUGGAGAAUGUGAGUUUGGAGCUGUUCAACGUCCUCACAAGGCUACUAGACAACUUUCCAGAUGUUGGCACUGAGAAAAUCAUUGAGGCCAUGAUUUAUUCAUCAACCUCAAGGAGCUCGUCGUCAGAUCAUGAAAUGAUGGAUAGUAGGAAUAGGAAGGAGAUAUUGACUAGGGUCUUCCUUAAAAGCCUCCAGACCGAUGACACCAUCUUCAAGAAGGUCUCAGUCUGUGUACUGUGCAUUCCGUGCAAUCACUCUGCGCGGCAAUGGGGAGAAGGGCCGGAAGCUCGCCGAUGCAUCCCUGAGGCGCAUCCGGGCAACAAAACUCACUGCACGGCUAGUGAAGGCAGCUGA